AUGGAUCAAGCUCAAUUUAAUACACUAGUACAAGCUUUGACUGGGCUUACUGCUCAACUGAAUAAUAAUACACCUGCCCCUGCUCCUACAUUACCUGUAACCAUUUCACUUUUCUAUGGCCCUAUUGUAGAAGAUAUAACUAGAAUUCGAUAUGCCGCUACAGGAAUGAAAGAUGCUGCUGCAUCUUGGUGA